AUGGCAGAAGACAGGAAAAAACGUGUAGGAAAAGCCUGUGACUCUUGUAGAAUCAAAAAGACCAAGUGCGAUGGAAAGAAUCCAUGUUCCCGUUGUAUCAGUGACAACAAAGUUUGUAUUUUUAGUGAAAGGAAAAGGUUCAAGGACAGAAACUACCCACCUGGAUACGUACAGCUAUUAGAAACGAGACUCAAUCUGGUGUUGAAUGGACUUGAAAAGAUUGUGAAUCUUGUAAGAAAAGAUGUUGACCUGUCGGAGUUGAAGAGCGACGAGUUCAUGCUGCAGCCAGAGGAGGAGAAAGUGAAUAUCAAUCGUGUGCUAUCCUGGAUGAUAACCCAACAGGACUUGGUAACUAACUCUCCAGUAGAAUGGGAUUGUGAAUCAGAUAUAGCAGCUAAGUUGACAGGCGAUGUCUCAGACUUUCAGGCCUCGAUUCACAAGGUUUUAGAGCAAAAGAAGACUCAAGGAAGGAAAGAGUCUAGUAGUCCCUUAGACAAGCCAAGUACACACUUAUCUACGGUAUACAAUGUGGACAAUUCCUCAGUCUCAUCCAAUGAGGAAACCGCUGAUAUCAACCCCCAGGUUGAGGAUAAUCCAUUGCCUAUACUAGACAAUGAAGAUAACAAUUUGAAUCCCGAUAGCAGCAACACAUUCGACUUCAAUAAUGUCAACUUCGAGCUGAACCUGGGUGGCUUCCAAUCUGGAGCUGCGCUUGCCACUGCAGCAAUGGAUGGGGGACUUUCCAUGAUAGAUUUUGAAAACUCACCCAGUAUGGGAGGUUAUUCGUCAUCUGAUCAGAAAUCAGACCUCCUAGAUUUUCAUGAUGAAUCAUAUAUCCCACCAACUACACUUCAAAGGAAGAAUUAUAAUAGCAACUCACCACUCACGUCGCCACCAUUGAACCCUCAGAACAUGAGACGAUCCUCCUCCUUCAAGACUACGAGGCGGAAUUCGAACUCCCAUUUGGGCUACAUAUCCAAGCCACAAUCAAACAGUCAUAUUCACACAGGACUCAAGAAUAGUCCAGUGGCUGGUAUCUUUCUUAGUUCUGAAGCGGAUGGUUCAUCUGGCAACAGUGGGACGUUUUCUUCCAUUCACUCGCCUGCUGGUGAUUCAUUUCCUACCUCGUCACCGAACAAUAAAACAGACGAAUACUAA